AAAAUAACAACACGAAGUAUGAAGCUGUCAAUGUCUUCGUCAAUGUUGCUAUGGUUUUUGUCUUGUAAACAAAGGAGGUGGUUCUUAUUGUUAAGGACCAAUAUGUCAAUAUUCUGAUUUUAAUAAUUCUUAAACCAACAUAACUGACGAUACAAAGUUCAUUUUAAAUUUUAGUACAAGUCAUGCCCAGAAAAGCAUUUCAUAUUGGAAUUGACAUUGAUAUUCAUGCAGUCACUUGCCCAGGGGUUUGGUUGUGCCCGAAAGGAGAUGCGAUGCUACAAAUUUCCAUGUUGGGCGCCUCAGCUCACACCAAAAGAGUGGAACCGAACUUCCCGCUGUUGUUUCAUGAAAGGUUCCACUUUCGAAAGACACUGACUGGAGUUACGUCACUGGCUGAGCUGCAGUCAGAGUUGUCCAAGAGAGUGGUACACCUGCGCCUGGUGCAAUGGCAGGUGCAUGGCUGUCGCUGCGUAUUGCUAGCUGCAUUCCGCAGCCCUCUGGCUGACCUGCUCUACCCGCAGCCGGCCAGCCGAGGGUUGUUGGCUGGUGUGGAUGUUGACUUACUGAUGGAGACUACGGCUUGUUUUCCUGGUAUAAUAGCUCCAAAGGUAGAGGUAUCAACUAAAGUUGUGAUAGAAGAAAUGGUAAACUACCCAGUGCACGCUCAGGAAUCAGCUGCCGUUGUUAACCACAAAACACUGUCAUCCAAGAGGACAACUCAAAGACAAGCUGAUAAAGUUGAGACGAAAACCAAGCCGAGAGCAUGCAGCACGCUGUGUGGAGGGCCUCGGAUACGUCAGAAGCCUGUGUGUCACGCUCGGCCACGAGUUAAGUGCUACUCGUGCAAACAGCGGGUAAUUAGAGUGCAGAAACCUCGGGUACGCGACGAGACCCACUAUGUGCCUUACUGCAGCAAAUGCGGUGAUGUUGUCGAAGAAAAAGGAGUCAAACAGGGCAAGGUUCUAGUUAAAGAGAGCAACCCUCAUAGCAAGACAUGGGAGACAGCUUGUCCUUGUGUCGAUUCACCGAGGUCCAAAUCUGUGUGUGACUGCAAACUCUGCCGCAAAUAUCACGACUUGUUCAACUCACCGACUAGCUCGGUCUUCUCUCAACCUAAAUCGCCCCGUUCAAAGUUUGAUCGUUCACCAUCUCCUCCUAAGAAAGACAGGGGCUGUUCAUGUAUAAGCGAAAAAACUGAAGGCCCCCAAAGAAUAAGGGCAGGGUUUACUCAAGAAAAAUCAGAUUGUCCAUGUCUCAACUGUCCAAGUUUGAAUGAAUCCCCUGCAAAAAUUGGGGACUACAUCACUGAGUUACUGAAGCAAAGGCCGCAACAAGAUGACGAGUACCGAGCCAUGCUCAAAGCGGACUUGGAGACGAAAUACAAACAGCUGUAUGAGCGAGUGUCAAGAAGAAGCAACCGCCGGCAAAGCUAAAUCUCAAAAUCUGUGAUAUAUUUUACUUUGAAUUUUCAAAUUUUAUGUACACUUUUUUUUACGUUAUGUUUUUAUUAGUUUAUCUAUUGAUUUAAAAACAAUAUUUAUAAAGUUGUUUUUAUUUUCAAAUUUUAUGUACACAUUUUUGUUAAAAUACACUAUGUUUUUAUAAGUUAUCUAUUUUUUCUAAUUUUGUUAUGAAAUGUUUUUAUUAAGGUUUCCCUGUUGUUUUAAGGUUUAGGAGUAAAUUUGUAUCUGGUACAAAAAACUUUAAAAAAAUAUUCCAGCUUAGACUGGUUAAAAGUUUGGCUUUAUUCUUAUCAUGCCCUUUGUAAAAUCUAUAUAAUUAAUACGCCAACAAGAAAUUUGUCUGUUGGA